GACGGUCAUUCAUCUGUUUUCCUUUCCCCUCUCGUCGUGACGGCCCCAAAUGCAACGCCAACUACGCCGCGAAGACUAUACCGUAGGAUGGGUGUGCGCGCUACCCGUCGAGCUGGUGGCAGCGCAGGAGAUGCUAGAUGAAGAGCACCUUGAUCUCGAGCAUGACACAGCCGAUAGCGACGAGAACCUGUACGCAUUGGGCUCGAUUGGCGGUCACAACGUUGCCAUUGUGUGCCUGCCCGCCGGCCGGAUCGGCAAUAAUCCAGCGGCCGCAGUGGCGACGCAGAUGCGAGCAACGUUCAAGAACAUGUGGUUUGGGCUGAUGGUAGGUAUUGGCGGCGGCGUCCCGAGCGCUGGGGCAGAUGUCCGGCUAGGGGACGUGGUGGUCAGCCAGCCUCGCGACACGUUUGCCGGGGUGGUACAGUACGAUAUAGGCAAGACGACACCAAGCGGCUUCAAGCGCACAGGAUCACUAAACUCACCACCGCACGUUCUGCUUAGUGCGGUAGUUAAAGUGCGUGCAAAGGAGCUGCGAGGCAGGAGCCAGCUUUCUCGGUAUAUCUCUAAGCUGGAGGGCAUCGCUAAGUUCCAACGCGCUGAUGCAGGGCCCGAUCUUCUAUUCAAGGCAGCCUACAACCACGAGCGCGGUGACACGUGCGACCAGUGUAGCGUCGAGGGUCGACAGCCGCGACCAGAACGCAAGAGCGGAACAGAGGUGAUGGUACACUACGGCACGAUCGCUUCUGGCAAUCAGGUGAUGAAGGAUGCCGCCGAGAGAGACAGGGUCAGCGCGGAGCUUGGUGGGGUAUCAUGCUUUGAGAUGGAGGCGGCAGGGCUGAUGAACAGCUUCCCGUGCCUUGUCAUUCGUGGCAUAUCCGACUACGCCGACUCACACAAGAACGACAAGUGGCAGCCUUACGCAGCAGGGACGGCAGCGGCGUAUGCAAAAGAGCUGUUAUCGGUGAUACCAGCAGCAGAGGUGAUGAACACACGCCGUGCGGAGGAUGCCAUAAGCAGCGGCGGGAACAUUCCUACCCACUCGCAGGAACCCUUGCGAACACCGUUGAACGAUGAACAAAGGCAGAGUCUAUUGAAUUCUCUAAGAUUUGAGCAGAUCGAUGCGCGUCAGAUGACUAUCAAGACCGCUCACACCAAGACGUGCAGAUGGCUCUUGAAGAGUGAGCAGUACCUCAAAUGGCUUGAUAUCACCAAGCUGGAUGAACACCAUGGCUUCUUGUGGAUCAAGGGCAAGGCCGGAACAGGCAAGUCGACGCUGAUGAAGUAUGCGUUGGCUCAUGCUCGCAAGACAAUGAAGGACCACAUUGUGCUCUCCUUCUUCUUUAACGCGCGCGGCGAGGAUAUAGAGAAGUCUACAAUCGGGACAUAUCGUUCUAUGUUGCUGCAGCUUCUUGAGCAUCUCCCAGCGCUUCAGGGUGUUUUUAAUUCACUUAGCCUAUCGGCCUCAAAGCUCACCGCAGACUACCAGUGGAAUAUUGAGACACUAAAGACACUGCUGGAGCAAGCUAUACGGAGCUUAGGAGAAUCGUCUGUCGUAUGCUUUAUCGAUGCGCUUGACGAGUGUGAAGAAAAGCAGGUUCGGGACAUGAUCCAGUUCUUUGAGCACGUUGGCGAUCUAUGCAUGUCAAACCGCAUCCACUUCCAGGUGUGCUUCUCGAGCAGGCACUACCCGCAUAUUACAAUCCGGAACGGGCUGGAGCUAGUGCUAGAGGGGCACGAAGGGCACUCACAAGAUAUUACUAACUACGUCGAGACCGAGCUAAAAAUUGGGAAGAGCAAGAUUGCACAGCAAGUCCGAGCCGAGCUUCAGGAGAAAGCGUCGGGAAUUUUUAUGUGGGUUGUUCUUGUAGUUGGCAUCUUAAACAAAGAGUUCGACGAUGGGCAGGUAUACGCACUUCGACAAAAAUUAAAGGCGAUACCUAGGGACUUGCACGAGCUGUUCCGCGACAUCCUAACGCGAGACUCGCACAACAAGGAUAGGUUGGUGCUUUGUAUCCAGUGGGUGCUCUUUGCAAAGCAGCCGCUUAGCCUAGAGCAGCUUUAUCACGCUCUUCUCCUAAGCAUCGAUCCUGGCGCUAUCUUAGAAUGGGACCCUGAGGAGAUUACAAAGGACGAUAUCAAGCGGUUCCUCCUUAAGUCUUCCAAAGGCCUCGCUGAGGCUACUUCAGCAACCCAAGUGUUUCCUUUUCUAGAAUAUGCCACACGCAAUAUGCUGUAUCACGCGGACGCAGCAGAAGGCGGAGGCAUCUCUCAGGCGAAAUUCCUUGACAGAUUCCUUGACAGCUUCCCGCUUUCUCGAUGGGUCAAGCUCGACAACUUGUUGGAGAAGCAUGAAGUGCGUAGACACACGGAACGCGUCAGUCCGUUGUAUUUGCUGGCCGAGCUCAACGCGGCAAAUCUUAUCGGAGUCCUCAAUUCAGCCAGCCACUGCAUGGACGUUGAGGCGGAGCGCUACGGCUGCCCUCUUUUCGCCGCAGCUGCUACAAACAGCGAAAAUGCUCUCAAAGUGUUUCUAAAGUAUAUUGAGCUGCAACAAGCUAACCGCAGCUUCGUUACAGCAGUAGUUGAACAGCAGUCUCAGCGCAAGUCGGCUCAGCGCGCUGCAAGACGUAGGACAGUACUAUGGUGGGCUUCCAGAAAUGGCUGUGAGGCGUCAGCGAGGCUGUUGCUCGCUGCAGACUCUGUCAUGGUCAACAGCAAGGAUAAGGAUGGCAAGACCCCACUACUUGUAGCAGUUGAGCAAGGGAAUUACGAGGUGAUUGAAAUGCUGCUAGACAAGGGCGCCAACGUCAACGCACAGGGUGGACAGUACGGCAACACACUCCAGGCGGCUUUAGCUCGUAACCACGAAGAGAUCGCGAUGCUGCUACUAGACAAGGGCGCUGACGUUAACGCAAAGGGUGGUGGACGGUAUAGUAACGCACUCCAGGCGGCUUCAGCUUAUGGCUAUAAAGAGAUCGUAAUGCUGCUACUAGACAAGGGCGCUGACGUUAACGCAAAGGGUGGUGGACGGUAUAGUAACGCACUCCAAGCAGCUUCAGCUUGUGGCCACAAAGAGAUCGCGAUACUACUACUAGACAAGGGCGCCAACGUCAACACACAGGGUGGACUAUAUAGUAACGCAGUCCAGGCGGCUUCAGCUUGUGGCCACAAGGAGAUCGCGAUGCUGCUGCUAGAAAAGGGCGCAUGAAGAAUGUCGAAGUAGCUUCAUUGUUGUUGGUUGUAGGGAUAAAAUAUGUCAAUAAAUCGUCCAUAUGU